AUGGAUUUUUGCAAAGGCGAACUCAAAGGCUUCAUUUCAAUUGAGAAGCACAAACAAGUUGUUCCGGUUGUCAAUUCCUUUAAACUUUUUGUUUCCAAGCAGGUCGAUUGUCUUUUGCCGAUUUCAAUGUCUGACAGACGGAGAUUUCAAGAUGAACGCGCGCCUCGUGGAGAGCCGUAUGACCAGAGGCGACGUUUAGACCGUGACAGAGAGUACAGAGAGAGAAGUACAAGAGAGCGGGAUCCGAGAGACAGAGAAAGAGAAGAUGAGAGAUACAGGCAGUCGCCACCUCCACCAAGAAAGCGGUGGGCCAAACCCGAUGAUCGAUUCAACGGACAGCGACAGCCAGCUGAGUUGCCCAAGGGCCCUAGAGGUUAUGAUUCAUCGAAGAACAGAGGCGGUGAAGAGCAUAUUAAAAGGGACUCCAGGGAUUCCAGGGAUUCCAGAGAUGUGAGAGAUGUCAGAGGAAAUAGAGAUGUACGGGAGAACAGAGAGACCUGGGAAAGAGACCCAAGAGACCCAAGGGACCCAAGGGACAGCAGAGACAGCAGAGACAGCAGAGACAGCAGAGAUGCGAGAAACAAGAGGGAAAGAGAGAGCAGGGUGGCGAGAGAUAGGGCUUUUAGAGAAAGAGAUAUCAGAAACAAGGAUAGCCGGAAUAAGGAUGUCAGAGACACCAGAGACAGAAACAUCAGAAUCACAGAUAUCGACUCCAAUCCUCGCAGAAACCCAAAGUCAGAAGCAUUUCCCAACGGCCCAAAAAGAGUGGACAUGAAAGAACUGCCCAGAGGCCCCAGACAUGGUGGUGAUGAUGCCCCGUCCAACGCUCCUAUUCCUCUCAAACAGGCCCAUUCCAAGUUCAACCGCAAUAACUUCUCUGAAUCUUCGAGAGGAGCUCCCAUUCCACACAGAAAUGCCAAGUCGCGCCAAAUUCGCGCUGGAAACCAUUCCGAUAGCGACGUUGACGAAGACCAAUUUCUCAGAAAACGCCCUAAGAGGGUAUUCAUGAAACAGGUCAUACGCCAAUCGCCCGUGUAUGAGAAGAUUCAACAAGUUGGUGAGGGAACUUAUGGAAAGGUUUUCAAAGCCAAGAACGUGGUGACUGGAACGCUAGUUGCGCUUAAGAGACUAAGACUGGAGAACGAGAGGGACGGGUUUCCAAUCACCGCAACUAGAGAAAUUGGCCUGUUACAAUCAUUCCGUCAUCCCAACGUAGUUGGGCUUCAGGAGAUGAUGGUGGAAAAGAACUCGGUGUAUAUGAUAUUCACAUACAUGGAUCACGAUCUUUCUGGUGUUCUUCAGCAGUCAGAAAUUGUUUUGGAAGACAGCCACAGAAAGUUUCUCUUCCUUCAGCUUAUGGAGGGACUGAAUUACCUACACUCAAAACGUGUUCUCCACAGAGAUAUCAAGGGCUCGAAUAUUUUGCUCAACAGCGAAGGAGACCUCAAAAUCACAGAUUUUGGUCUGGCCAGAGUUAUGAAGACUUUAAACUCUUCGAAGGAGUCACCUAAUUACACCAACAGAGUUAUCACUUUGUGGUACCGUCCUCCCGAGUUGCUUUUGGGAGCAACUGACUAUGGGAGAGAGAUCGAUAUAUGGGGAGUUGGGUGUUUGAUGUUAGAGCUUUUCACCAGAAAGGCUACCUUCCAGGGAAGUGACGAGAUUGGCCAAUUGUUAGCAAUUUACUCCAUAAUGGGUACCCCUACGCUGAGGUCGUGGCCCGACGCUGAUAAGUACCCCUGGUACGAGAUGAUGAAGCCAAAAGCACACAUCAAGAACACUUUCUACGAGAAGUUCGGUUUCAUGUUGACCAAGAAUGGGUUUGACCUUGCCCAGCAGCUCCUAGCCGUCGACCCGAAAAAGAGAAUCAAUGCGAAAGACGCCCUCGCUCACCCUUACUUUUCUGAAUCUCCGUCGCCUGAAAAACUGACUAUGCUCAAGGAUGUCAAAGGCGAAUGGCAUGAAUUCGAAGCUAAACGGAAAAGGAAAAAGCAACGGGAAUUGGCACGCAAAGCUGCAGAAGAUAAUGCUCGGUAG